UGACUUUUCCCCUGCACGUGAUUCUCGUUCGAAAUCUCCUAUCAGAAAAGUGAGGCUCAUGCCAAUCGGCCACCCUGCACAGAAAACAGAUUGACCAAGACGGCUAUAUAUACAAGCAAGUCCACUGCAGUAUUUAAAAGAAUCCCAUUUACAGCGUCGACUUGCGAUUGAGCUAGUGAGGAAUACACGCAACUACUAUGUUGCUGUCUUUUCUCAUUUAUUGCAGUUGUUUUCUGGCUUUCUUGCCUAUCAUCGGCGAAGGCAGCAACAGCAAUAAUCAAGAAAUACAAGAUUCGUUUGAUAUACUGAAAUCGCAUUGUCCCCACUUGUUGUCGCACGUUGCUGAACUGUCCCAUUCUAAUUUGGACUCCCUUUUACGAUACGUGUCUUCGGAUGAUGAGCCAACCACCAAUCAGCCACAACAUCCUUCUGCUGUUGACAAUGUUGUUGAUUUCCCGAUAAAUGAGAAAUCAGACACAACGACCUCACCGGCUGGUUCGUCUCGCCCCAAAAAAUACAUUGACGUACUGCAACAGUUGCUGAAGAAGAGGCCCCAUGUAGAAGGUCGUCCGCCAAUUAACGAAGCAAAAGAUGGAUCUCGGCAUGUACGAUCGCUACCGAUAGGACCACCCGGCCCAUUUGACGAAAUGCUCCGAGACGAAGACAAUGAAAUCUCUCAAUCGGAGCCAAAGAUUUUCGGACUAAAAUGGUAUCUACUAGGGCUAAAACUCAACUUGUUAUCUGCUCUUUGUAAAUGUCCACCUGGUCCUCCCGGAGAAACUGGUGCUACUGGAGCUACAGGACCAACUGGUCCCACUGGUGCAACUGGAGCAAUUGGCCCUACUGGUGCAACUGGCCCUACAGGACCCACGGGAGACACAGGGGCAGUCGGUCCCAAUGGCCCGCCAGGCCCAACAGGCGCUCCUGGCCCAACUGGUGACACAGGUGCUGUAGGACCACCUGGUCCCCCUGGCCCAACAGGCGCACCUGGACCCACUGGGGAUCCAGGCCCUGAAGGUCCAAGAGGUCCUCCUGGUCCUCCUGGUAACAAUGCUGGGGGAAAUCUGUAGUAGAUACACGAAAAUGUUUAAGUUAUUUAAAAGGUUAACUGAACACAGCAUAGCUUGUGUCAUUCUUUCAUUUUCUCCCACCAGCUUUUGUGUUUGUGUGGGAUUUUUAUACUUGUUUGCUUUCCAUUGUCUAUUACUUGUUCGGAUGGUAAAUACAAUUUCAGUUCAGUGUGUUA